AUGCCAGAGAAAUUGGAUGUACUGAGUGGCUCCUGUGUUCAAAUCCCUUGUGCAUUUGAUGUUCCUCAAGAUUGCUCUACAUUUAACAGCACAGUAAUUACCUCCGGAGUGUGGAUUAAAGAAUCACCGUACUUUGGUGGCAGGCUGAACAUUGUGAUAUUUAACAGUAGUAAGACAUACAACACCUAUCAAGGGAAGAUAACUGGAAACAUGUCCUGGAAGAACUGCACCACAGUCUUCUUCAAUGUAACCUCUAGUUACACUAACAGCUACUUCUUCAGAAUUGAGAGUAGACCAUUCAGCGCAACAGACCCUGAGAAGUCUGUUCUUAUAGUUGUCAGAGAUUUGCCUCUCAGACCCAUGAUUACUGUCUCAGGUGAGAUGAAGGAAGAGAGGCCUGUCAGUUUGAACUGCUCUGCUGCAGCUCCCUGUCCCAAACACUCUCCUAAACUGACAUGGACUCUUACACCUGAGAACCAACUGCAAGAGAAUUCAGAUCAAACCAAAUCUGUUCUCUCCACGGUGACAUUCACUGCUUCACACCUUCAUCAUGAGAAGAACAUCACUUGUACUGCAGUCUACCCAGUAGGAACAAGCAACAAGACAGCUGAACAUACCAUGACGCUUAACGUUUUAUUCUCUCCUAAAAACACCUCAGCCUCCCUCAGUCCAGCUGAUCCAGUAUCAGUGGGCAGUUGUGUGAAUCUGACCUGCAGCAGCACAGCCAACCCUCCUGUGACAAACUUCACCUGGUUCCAGAUUUGUGGGGGUAAACCAACACAGGUAGCAUCUGGACAGACCUACACCAUCAAUGUGACUGUUGGUGAUGGAGGGAUGUACUACUGUGAAGCAAGAAAUGAUCACGGCAUUGAGAAGUCAAUGAAAGUGCUUCUAGCUAUUGAAGUUGGGAUGGUGUAUACUAAUCAGGCCAUGACCGGAGAAGAACCAGAGGAACCAGCAGAAGACCAGCCUGAGGAGAUCCACUACGGUGAGAUAGACUUCUCCAAACUUCAGCCCAAAGAGACACCAGCUGUAGCCCUGGACAGGGAACAGGGGCAGGAGAGUGAAUACGCUGAAGUCAGUGUGACCGGGAGAGGGGCCCAGGAACCUCCAGUUAAAACUACUUCAGGAUCGGUGUCCGUUCCACGGGACGGUUGA